CAGUAUAUCUACCCUUUGUUUGGCGUGCAGCUCCAUCAAACAGCAGCAAGGACACAGCCUGGUCCCCGUCCAGCGCCUACUGAACCAUGGCCCCCAAGAAGGCAAAGAAGAGAGCUGAGGGAGCAAGCUCCAAUGUGUUCUCCAUGUUUGAACAGGCCCAGAUCCAGGAGUUCAAGGAGGCUUUCACCAUCAUGGAUCAAAACAGAGACGGCUUCAUCGACAAGAACGACCUGAGAGACACGUUUGCUGCUUUGGGCCGUUUGAAUGUCAAGCAGGAGGAGAUUGAUGACAUGCUGAAGGAGGCACCGGGGCCGAUCAAUUUUACAGUCUUCCUCACCAUGUUUGGGGAGAAACUAAAAGGUGCUGACCCAGAGGAGACCAUCCUCAAUGCCUUCAAAGUCUUUGACCCUGAAGGAACAGGAACAUUAAAGAAAGACUUUGUGACGGAGAUGCUGACAACACAGGCGGACAGGUUCUCCGCUGAAGAGAUGGAGCAGAUGUUUGUGGCAUUUCCUCCAGAUGUGGCUGGAAACCUGGACUACAAGAACCUGGUCCACAUCAUCACACACGGUGAAGAGAAAGACCAAGAAUAGACGACCUCGCCCCGAGACUUCCCUCUGGAUGACAAGUGGAGCGCGUUUGUGUCCAGAAAUGUUUUCUGAUUCACAAACUGCUGCAACCAAUAAAACAAUUCACAUGAAAAAA